AAAAAGAAGGUUACGUGACUCCAUGAUAGCGUUGUUGAUUUGUAGGCUUAUCCCGCCCAAUACUUCGCUUGUCCGUGACACUAACGCUCUAACAUUUAGAAGGCAGUUGUAUAUUGCAUAGUACCAUAUUUUAGGCGGUAAAGAUGGACGUCAAAUCGGUAUUGUUUCUGCUGCUGGUUGCAGUAGCAUUGAGCCAGGCCCAGAAGAAAUGUUGUUUCCCAGACCAAUAUGAAUCAAUGGACGGUCUAAUUACCGCCACGGUUCAGUCUGGGCAAGGUAUGGCUCAGACGUUGGGGGUACAGUUUGCCUUCGAUUACACCAACAGACGUGUGGGCGAAUUUUUUCAACUGUCCGGCAGUAUGUAUCAGUAUGUCUUAGACUACAACAAGGGCAUCAUGUACGUCAUCAAUCUCACUAUGAAGAGUUGCCAGAAAAGUCCACUACCGAUAAAGCAAAUGCAGCACUGUGUUCCAAGUAACGCCACUUACGGAGGUUCUUUCUAUGCUGGGGAUCACAAGUUGACUGCAGACACUUUUAGCUACCCCGUUAACGAAGGACAGGUUGCUGGCAAUGUGACCCUGUCUGUCACCAAGGAUAACUGCAUUCCAUUCAGUCUAUCGUUCAUCGGAUCGAUGGGUGGAAAUUCUAUGUUAAGCGUAUCAGGAUACGUCAACUAUAGCCCAGGGAUCCAGGACCCCUCUAAGUACUUCACUAUCCCAAACUAUUGCCCAACGUUCUUCACUCCGGAACCGAAAGAGGGACAUGCUUUCAUCAUGCCGUUCCUGCUGUGAGUGCGCCCUCAACGGCUAUACUUGGACUGAACCAAUCUAUCGGCCGAUCGAAUUUAAGUCUAGAAUCAAUUCGAAAUCAGUUGCUAAAGUUUAGUUUGGCUACGCCAGUGAAAUACUUCCAACAACUAGGAUUCAAAUCUGUAUUUGGAUUUACAAUGACUUGUGACUCCUUUUUUCUCGAAAUUCUGUCUACACAUAAGGUUUCCUUGUUUGCACAUCCAAUAUGGCUUGUUUCAAUAUUUGCUGCGAUUAUUGUAGAAUUAAAAAAAACCAUAAAUACAAAUAUAGGAAUUUCGUUGUCCGAUCUUGGAGAAUUCGUUAAUUUAUAGAAAAUGCCCUCUUGAAGUGGAAAAUACAGAUGUUACCACCGACUUAAGCUCCUGUUGAUAAUUGACAAGUUGUCUGCACAGAUUAUUUCACACUAAGUCAUUAGGUCAUGACACCAACUAUGAAGUCAGGAAAAAAAAAGUGCAUUUCAACAAACCUAACUUUAACGUUUGUGAGUGAAAUGUUUUUGUUUCAGUCAGCAAAGGCCUAAGGGACACUUGACCAAAAAUAUUGAUUGACUUACAUUGUUUACAUUAUUUAAAGAUGAUGCAAAAAUCAAGACAAAAGUUGCAACAACUGAGCAGAAGAUGUUAAAUGGUAGAAAACCUGACGUAAAACUGCAGAUAAUGCACAUGGGAACAAGACACCUAGUUUCAAAAUGGAGUUGAUUAUUCUGAAUGACUGCUUUAUUUCAAUAAUGUUGAAAUAUUUUUUUUCUAAUCGUGGCAUAAUGCAAUACGUAGCUUACACAAUGUGUACUUAGAAUACGGGUUUUAAUUGAGAUUAAAUAAAAUAGUAUUUGCAACUUGGUUUUGA